UCCACCUCCCCCCCGCGCCUUCCUCUUCUCCUCUCUCUCUCUCUCUCUCUCUCUCUCUCUCUCUCAUAUUACACACUAUAGUCUAUUAAUAUAUUCUCUCCAUCAGUAUUUAUUUAUUUUUCUACAAGUGCAGUAAAUAUAUAUGACUCUCAAUUCAAUGAAACUAGAAGUAGAAGAGCGCCAGGAGGGAGGGGACGAGAUGUGCCGGUCAAUCGAGGUCGUCUCCUCCACCUUCGCCGCUAAACACUGCGACUUCGACUUCGCCUCGCCUCCCUCCGCCGCAAAAGAUGAUGCAGAAGGUGACUGCCACGCCGAGGACUCCUUCAUACCGCCUCUCAACUUUGCCAUGGUCGAUAACGGCAUUUUCCGCUCCGGUUUCCCUGACUUCGCUAACUUCUCUUUCCUCCAAACUCUAGGCCUCCGCUCCAUCGUAUAUCUGUGUCCCGAACCGUAUCCGGAGGCGAACAUGGAGUUUCUCAAGUCCAACGGGAUCAAGCUUUUUCAAUUCGGGAUUGAAGGAUACAAGCCCUUUUCAGAUCAUAUACUCGGGAGUCAAAACUUUUACAUUAUGCUGGAGCCUUUUGUGAACAUCCCGGACAAUAUGAUUCAUGAAGCAUUAAAAGUUGUUCUUGAUGUAAGGAAUCAUCCAGUUUUAAUUCAUUGUAAACGUGGGAAGCAUCGAACUGGUUGUCUUGUGGGAUGCUUGAGAAAAUUCCAAAGCUGGUGCCUGACAUCUGUCUUUGAUGAGUACCAGCGAUUUGCUGCUGCUAAAGCUAGAGUUUCAGAUCAGAGGUUUAUGGAAUUGUUUGAUGUGUCUAGUUUGAAGCAUCUCCACCACUGUAAUUCUCCUAUUCGAGGAGGUAACGAGCAGGCCUAUUGAUUGGAUUAUCCUUUCUUUAUCAGAAGAGAAUCCUGUAGGCCCUACUUCAGAAUCAAUAGGGAAAGUUGAUGAGUUCCUAGGAUGCACUUCCGUGGCAAAGGAAUAAUUCUUCUUUUUUCCUUGAGAAUAAAUAGAAUAUAAAGUAGCAUGUCCUGUUUGGAGUCUUAGAAACCCUCCCCUUACCACACUGCCCCCCACCCCCCUCCCCACCACAUUCGAUCGAAUCAAUCCUAUCUUUCUUUUAUUUUCCUUGAUUUGGUUGCUAGGCAGACUCUUAACGUUCGCUGCUGUACAUGCACCAUGUCUGUAGAUGUGUCCGGAGUCCCUCUCCAAAUUCUUAGCUAGCUUGGUUUAAGGGUUCAUAACAGCUACUCCCCUACAGCUGUUUCUGUCGUCGAUUAAUGGAAGACAAAGCAGCUAGGGAGACCAUCCACCCAGGAUUCUUGGUCGGGUAGCUGGAAGGAUAAAUAAAAUUUAGUUAUAGAAUAGUUAUGUUGGAUCUGUACGAGGUAAUUAGACAAACAUGCUAAAUGCGAUAUAAUGGGAAAUGGAGUCCUAGCAUUUAACUCAAA